AUGGUACCGGACUUCGCAGCUGGAUUAUCUACCUGGAUGUUAGGAGGCGGUUGGUGCAACAAUAUCUCAGAUUGUCUUAAUCGUUCAACUAAAUUCUUAGGUUCUACAACGAAGAUGAAUCAACAAGGUUUUUUCGGUGGGAUACUUCAUAAUACCUCCAAAGAAAAUCCAGAGUUUCACAAUUGGAACAGGGUGAGGGUGAAGUAUUGUGAUGGUGCAUCUUUCACCGGUGAUGUUGAACAAGUCAACCCUGAGACCAAGUUAUAUUUCCGAGGGGCAAGAAUAUUUAAGGCAAUUAUGGAGGAUUUAUGGAACAAAGGAAUGAAAAAUGCUGAAAAUGCAAUUCUAACCGGAACAUCAGCAGGAGGAUUGGCAACAAUCUUGAAUUGCGACAAGUUCAAAAGCCUCCUUCCAGAGAGUGCCAGAGUAAAAUGUGUUGCAAGUUCUGGCUUCUUCAUCGACGGGUAUCUUCUUCCCAUAUUUACGUCAUGA